CGGUUGCAGGCGCUGUUCUUCUGGAGACUUGCGCUCUUUUAUUUUAAUUCAACGGGAACACCAGUCAAUCGCUUUCAACUUCUGACACAUCGUUCUGUAUCUCAACGGCCCUCACUUUGCUCACUCCAGUUUGGUGUUUUUCUCGGACAAAGGUAGUUUUAUUUUAUUAUUUAUUAUUUGAAGACAAAGCCAAAAAAAGCGUGGGAGAAGAUUUCUUCCCGUUUCCCGUUCGCUGUGGGCAAUGUUGAAAGGUGUUCUCGCGGCCAUGGGGGAUCGGGAGCGCGCCUCCAUACUUCUGAUCGUUCUCGCGUUGACAGCUGUCUGGGAAACAAGGCCAGUGCAGGGUGACUCCGCAGCUGAGGCCUUCAAAAACAACAUCACACUGUUCACAAGAAUACUCGACAGACUGCUGGACGGCUACGACAACCGUCUGCGGCCCGGACUCGGUGAUCGUGUGACGGAGGUCAAAACAAACAUCUACGUCACCAGUUUUGGACCGGUCUCAGACACAGACAUGGAGUACACCAUCGACGUGUUCUUCAGGCAGAGCUGGAAGGACGAGCGGCUGAGGUUCGACGGGCCGAUGAACAUCCUGCGCCUCAACAACCUGAUGGCGAGCAAGAUCUGGACGCCCGACACCUUCUUCCACAACGGCAAGAAGUCGGUGGCGCACAACAUGACCAUGCCCAACAAGCUGCUGCGUAUCCAGGAGGACGGCACGCUGCUGUACACCAUGAGGUUAACGGUACAUGCGGAGUGCCCAAUGCACCUGGAGGACUUUCCCAUGGACUUCCAUUCCUGCCCUCUGAAAUUCGGCAGCUACGCCUACACCAUCUCGGAGGUGACGUAUGCCUGGACCCGCAACGCCUCGGACUCGGUGGUGGUGGAGGGCGAGAGCUCCCGCCUCAACCAGUACGACCUGCUGGGGCAGACCGUGGGCCAGGAGACUAUCAAAUCCAGCACCGGUGAAUACACCGUCAUGACAGCUCAUUUCCAUCUGAAGAGGAAGAUCGGCUACUUUGUGAUCCAGACCUACCUGCCGUGCAUCAUGACCGUCAUCCUCUCCCAGGUGUCCUUCUGGCUCAACAGAGAGUCGGUCCCGGCCAGGACUGUGUUCGGUGUAACCACUGUGCUAACGAUGACCACCCUCAGCAUCAGCGCGCGUAACUCGCUGCCCAAGGUGGCCUACGCCACCGCCAUGGACUGGUUCAUCGCAGUCUGCUACGCCUUCGUCUUCUCCGCCCUCAUCGAGUUUGCCACCGUCAACUACUUCACCAAGCGCGGCUGGGCGUGGGACGGCAAGAGCAUCAUCAACGACAAGAAAAAGGAGAAGGCUUCUGUGGCGAAGAAGAACAACGCCUAUGCUGUAGCUGUGGCCAACUACGCGCCCAACAUCACCAAGGACCCCUCCAUGCUCCCCACCAUCGCCAAGGGCAACGCUGCCGACCCCCACAAGGCCAAAGCGCCCGGGAAGACCCCCGAGAAGACGUUCAACAGCGUUAGUAAAAUUGACCGGAUCUCCCGGAUUAUGUUCCCGGUGCUCUUCAGUAGUUUCAACUUGGUGUACUGGGCGACGUAUCUGAGCAGAGAACCCGUUAUAAAGGACAUGGUACCAUCCACCUAAGAGGCCUCUUUUCUUUAUUUUUUUCACUCGGGUACUGGUUGGUGGACUCAAAAGACAUGCCAAAUACUGCUUCCAGCAACCGCACACACACAAAGAGUUGAGUGCUUGGUUACAUUGUGUGAGCCUGUGGCAACUCCCCUUUUAUAAACCACUGUCUGCAGCACUUUUGAAAAACACUGCUUUUGUAAAUGUGUACGUAUAUUUAUACUCACGUUUUAAUUGUUAUAUAAACAUAUACUGUGUGGUUACAUCUAUUAAAUCUAUAGAGUGACAGUCUUUGAACGUAUGGUUGCAGUUAAAUGUCAAAGGGAAACUGAGACGUAUUUGUUGAGUGAUUGUUUGUAAGUGUUUAAGUUCUAGGGGAGGGGGUACAGGUACUGAAUACAUGACUAUUUAACAGUGGCCUGGCUUUUUUCUGUCCAAGCCAAUGCAAAAUGAUACUUACUAUUCUUCUGGUUAUGGUUUUAUUCACACAAUGACCUCAGGAAAUGUCAACCCUUUGAGUUCAUUUCUGCUUCAGAACAAUUUCUACUCCAAAUCAAAACCGACUCAUCAUACUACUCAUAUUUGGAUAUUAUUUGAUUCGCUAUAUAAAAUGGCAAUAAGAUAAAAAAAACAACGAAAAGUAAGUCUCAAAGUAUCAUCCCGCUGCAAUACAUUCAAGUGUUAAAGGUAGUGUGAAGAAUCUGGCAUCUAGCGGAACGUACUUGGCAAAGGUUUAAUAUAAUAUUCAUACGUUUCUUUAAAUACGUUUAUA